AACUCACGUGAUCAGGAAGUGCAACUACAAAUUCGAACGAAAUGCUGUCUGCCAGCAGCAUUAGCACAGAUUAGGACAUCUUUGCCAUUACAUUUAGCUACAUAAUGUGGUACUCAGUGUUACAAAAAUCAUAUCUACAUACCUCUGUACAUCUCCUAAAAAAGGCUGCGCAUAAUCUGAAAGGAAAGAGUACUGCCGAUCAGCGUUGGAUAGUUCGGCAGUUUAAUGACCCCUUUGUGAAGGCUGCCCCUUUGCACAUCUACCGGUGUAGAAGCGCCUUCAAACUGCUGGAGAUUGAUGACAAAUACAAACUUUUAAAACCUGGAUUCAACGUACUAGAUUGUGGUGCUGCACCGGGUGCUUGGAGCCAGAUAGCUGUUCACAGGGUCAACUCAACUGGGGCUAACGGAGAAUUCCCCCGUGGCACUGUGGUUGGAAUUGACCUUCUGCGUAUAGCACCUCUAGAUGGAGCUCACUUCCUGUCCAAUCAUGACAUCACCGACCCAGUCACACAUGCCAAGCUGCUUGAACUUCUCCCUGGUGCCCAGGCUCAUGUCAUCAUGAGUGAUAUGGCACCCAAUGCCAGUGGUUUCAAGGAGAUGGACCAUGAAAAACUCAUCACAAUGUCAUUGUCAUUGAUUGACUUGGCUGAGAAGGUGUUGCAGACUGGUGGCUCUCUGAUUUGUAAGUAUUGGGACGGGGCAUUGGCGCACCAGCUUCAGCAGAAGCUUUCAGCUGUGUUCCGUGACGUCAGGACAGUCAAACCAAAAGCCAGCCUAAAGGAGUCGUCAGAGUUGUUUUUCCUUGCCAGGUCGUACAGAAAUAAAAAAGUCUGACUGUAUAUUUUAUAAUGUGUGUUGUAAGCUUUGUUCACCUGCAAAAGAAAGGCUUGAGGUGCUAAAGCACUUGAGGAGCCCCUCUAUUUCUCCUUCCUGAAUGUACUUUUUGUAAAAAUCUGUAGUGUGCUAUGAUAUCUUUACCCAACUCAUUAAAAUCGAUGGAUAUUCUACAAUGA